GCUCGGAGGGUGGGGAAGCGAGCCCCGGCCGUUCAAUGACAAAUCGGCUGGGGACGGCUGGGGUCCGGCCCCGGGAGGAGGCGAAGGAGAGGGCGGGGCGGGUUUAAGAGUGGUGGGCCGGUGCUGACGUCCGAGGCGGCGCGGGACAAGCCCAGCUCUUCACCUGGGUCUUCUGUCCGGGCUUCGCAGCCUCAGAAAACCAGCAGGAUGGCCGCAAACAAGAGUAAGGGCCAGAACUCGCUGGCCCUUCACAAGGUGAUCAUGGUCGGCAGCGGAGGGGUGGGCAAGUCGGCCCUGACGCUCCAGUUCAUGUAUGACGAGUUCGUAGAAGACUAUGAACCUACCAAAGCUGACAGUUACAGAAAGAAAGUGGUCCUCGAUGGGGAAGAAGUCCAGAUCGACAUCCUGGACACGGCUGGGCAGGAGGACUAUGCAGCCAUUCGGGACAACUACUUCCGCAGCGGGGAAGGCUUCCUCCUGGUGUUCUCCAUCACAGAGCACGAGUCCUUCACAGCCACUGCCGAGUUCAGGGAACAGAUCCUCCGUGUGAAGGCCGAAGAAGAUAAAAUUCCACUGCUGGUUGUGGGAAACAAGUCCGACCUGGAGGAGCGGAGGCAGGUGCCGGUGGAGGAGGCCAGGAGUAAGGCCGAGGAGUGGGGCGUGCAGUACGUGGAGACGUCGGCCAAGACGCGGGCCAACGUGGACAAGGUGUUCUUUGACCUAAUGAGAGAAAUCAGAGCAAAGAAGAUGUCAGAAAACAAAGACAAGAAUGGCAAGAAAAGCAGCAAGAACAAGAAAAGUUUGAAAGAACGAUGUUGCUUACUGUGAAUGCCAAGACGGUGGACGAGCGGGUGGCCACCCAGGACAGAGGGCAGGCUCCUUAAGAGGAGACUCCAGUUGACCAGCAUUGCCUGCUCUCUCCAGCCUCAUUCACACACGCUUCGGUAAAUGCGGAAAAAUAUUAGUGAAUCGGUGGCUGGCAGAAGGACUAAGCCCUUGACCAUGCAAUGGAACGGCUGCUUCAUCAGGAGGUUUCAGAGUUUCCUCCUUCCUUCGUGCUUCCCUCCCUUCCUUCCCGAAGUUAACCACAUACGUGGUGCUAUAGGUAGGAAAUAGCCAGGCGUUAGUUAAAAAGAAAAAAACUGUCGUCGCAUCUUAUGUUUUUGCCUAGUUUUGUAACGUUAGCAUCUUUUGUUUUGAAAUAAAAAUGUCUUAUUUUAUUAGGUCUUGGGAGACAGGGGGUGGGGCGAGACUCGUCCCACCCUUGUCGGCUCAACAGUAGUACCCGGAAAAAUCCAUCAGGUUCUAGAUGCUGGAAAAGUCAGGGACUUGGGAGAUGAGUCUCCUGGCAGUACCCUGUGGAUCUGAAGCAGAGCUAAAAAAAAAAAAAUCUGAAUUGGGCCGAACAGGUUAAAACCAAGCUCAUAAAUCCUCCUCAGUAUGAAAAAUGCAAGCUGUAUUCCUCAUAUUUAAACGUUGGCCGAUUAUAGUCUGUGUUGGCUAUUUUUCUCCAGUACAUUCUGAUUUUUGUGUAGGAGCUUCUUUUUAAUAGACUAAGUGAAAAAUCAAGAGCAGUAUACUUUUUAAAUGAUACACUUUUCUAGUUAGAAUUUUUUUUUUUUUUUUUACCUCUUUGGCUAAAUCCUCUCCUAAUCGCCAGUCUUAGAGUCACAGAAGGCCCCUCCUUCUCCACUAGUAAUCAACCCAGCCUGUCCUGGUCCACUUCUCUCUGCAGAGGUUGAGAGAACUUUUUCUUUGGUUUCUCGAAGUGUUACCUAAGUUCUUCUGAAGAACGUGAUGACUUAAAAUUGUAUUGUAAAAUCAUGAAGCCAGAGCCGGUGCCAGACAUUCUGCUACCUCUCAGAGAAUUUUGCUCAGAAGUUCUAAAUUUGAAUUAGAAGACAUGAGGAAGGGUAGCCCCUUUCCCUCUGAGGAUAGGCUGCUGUUUCUAAUAUAAAUCUUUUUUUCUGAGACAGCCAUAUAGUUGAAAAAGAUUUUUAUUGAUGAGAUAUUGUUAAUCUGUCUUGUGUCUUGUAUUCUAAAUUCAGCAAUCAGAAGCUUUUUCAUCAGGAAAGGAGUACUGUGAUAAAAACCUAGUAUUCAGCACAUUUUUUCCCCAUUUUCCUGAAGUGACAUUUCACAUAUAGGUGCCAAAAGUGAACUGGGGUGGGGAGAGCGGGAACUUUUUGACUUUAUGAUUAUUACAGAAAUUAUGAUCUGACUGGAAAACAAUCUUGUAUCCCCUCCUAAAGAAUCAUGGGCUUUUUUGAAUAAAAAGCAGACAAAUACA